AUGGCGCUGCUCCGAGGCCUGCGCGCCGCCGCCGCGCGCCUCCCACGACGACCACCGCCGUCGACGCGACGCCGCGCGCUGACGUCGACCAAGGAGCGGUCCAAGGCGAGCCGCGAGGACGACCAGCGUCUGUAUCACCGGGCGAAGUUGGCUGGGGCCUUGAAUGACGAGCCAACAAAAAACCCGAUGAUCGACGCCGUCCUGGGCGCGGCCGUGGCCCUGUUCUUCGGCGGCGGGAUCUACGCCCUGUUCCUCCGCUCCUCGGGGCGGCUGUCCGUCCCGGCCGAUCCGACGGACCGCCAGUUCUUCGAAAACCCGAGGUACAAAGGAUGGCGGAAGAAGUUUACGGACGAGGAGCUUGAGUGGCUGGGGGAUAACCGACCGACCAAAGCGCAGGAGGCGGCCAUCCUCGCGGCGCGGCGGCGAGCCUAUAUAUAUAUACGCCCGUCGCCGAAAUAAUUGAGGCGGCGCCCGUCGUCGUGUUUUCAGCCCCUGAUUGCCCGUACUGCGACGAGGCGAAAGCCGCCCUCCGCGACGCCGGCGUGGCGUUCACGGAGGUCGCCGCGAGCGACUGGCAGCGGGUGCAGCUGACGAAGCGGACGGGCUCGCGGACCGUGCCCCAGGUCUUCGCGGGCGGCGAGUUCGUCGGCGGCUGCCACGACGGCGGGCUUGGUGGCACGGUUCCGCUCCUCCGCAUGGGGUUGCUCCAGGAGAUGGCCGCGCGGGCCGCCGGCGAGCGGGACCGCGAGAAGCAGGCCGUCGAACGCCAGCUCGCCCGUCGCGACGGCCGCCUGCACGUCGUCGGCGUCGAGCCAGCCGACGCCGUCGUCGUCGGCCGCGUCCAUCCCGCGCACGCGGCCGCCGGCGACGAGCUCGCGCGGCUGCGGCGGCAGCUCGCCGCCGAGAAGAAAGACUAA